CUGUCUGUCGGGAUUCGUAGUCCCGCUGCCCAGAGCCCGUUCCCAGCUGUCCCAGCUCUGCUCCCUAGGACUGUCACCCCCACCUGCUCCCCACAGGACCUCUCUCUGUCUGCCGUUGUCCCCCAGCCAAUGAUGGAGGGAGAUUCCCCCCUGCAGCUCCGUGUCUUUGACCUCAAUUGCUGGGGCAUCCGCUACCUGAGCAAGCGGCGGCAAGAGCGUGUGGAGCUCAUCGGGGACACGCUGUGCCAGGAGGGCUUUGACCUGGUGCUUCUCCAGGAGGUGUGGAGCGAGAAGGACUACAGCAACCUGAAGGUGAAGCUGGGAGGACGCUACCCCUUCUCCCAUUACUUCCGCAGUGGGGUGAUUGGCAGCGGCCUCUGCAUCUUCUCCAAGUUCCCCAUCCUGGACACCCUCCUCUACCAGUACUCCCUGAACGGGUACCCCUACAUGCUCCAGCACGGGGACUGGUUCUGUGGCAAGUCUGUUGGCCUCGUCAUCAUGAAGAUCUCUGGGAUCCUCUUCAAUGUCUACAUCACCCAUCUGCACGCAGAGUACUGCCGGGAGAAGGAUGCCUACCUGCCCCACCGCCUGGUGCAGGCCUGGGAGCUGGCCCAGUUCAUACGACACACCUCGAAGGCAGCAGACGUGGUGCUGCUGGGAGGGGACCUGAACAUGCACCCUGAAGAUGUGGGCAUCCGGUUGCUGCGUGGGUGGACAGGGCUGCGGGAUGCCUUUGCCGAGGCCAUGCGCUUUGAGGGCUGUGAGGACGGCUGCACCCUCAUCCCCAAGAACUGCUUCACUGACAAGGCAGAGCUGUUGCCCUUCCCCCUGGGCAUCCGCAUCGACUACAUCCUCUACAAGGCCAUCUCCAGCUUCGUAGUGAAGUGCAAAGAGCUGAAGACCACCACAGGGACAGCCCCAGGAAUGGACAUCCCCUUCUCGGACCAUGAAGCUGUGAUGGCCACACUGCACAUCAAGAGGCAGGGACAGGCUGCAGGUGACACCCUUGGCACAGCUGAGCCAAUGAUGGCAGACGUGGUGACAGAGGCACGGACAGAGGUGGGCGUGGGGCUGCGAGCAGCACAGCGGCAGCGAUACUCCACGGGCAGGAUGGCUGUGCUGGCCCUGCUGCUGCUGCUGGUGCAGGCAGCAGCUGCACUGGGCACACUGGUGGGGUUGGGCACUGAACAGCCCUUCCCCAAGCUCUCCUUUUCCCUGCUGGCCUUCGCUGCCAUUGGCAUCCUCCUCCUUGCCACCAGCCUGUACCUCUUCCACACCAUGGAGGUGAAGAUGCUGCAGGGCACCGAGGAGCAGAUGCAGAUGGCACUGCGGACACUACAGGAGCAUCCCCAGGGCAGCUGAGCUGCGGGCUGUGGGUGUCUCAUGUUCCCUCAUGUGUGUCCCAUGAUGUCCCCCUCCAGCCCCAUCCUGGUCUUUUUUAGUCCCUUUUUCUAGGUGACAUCUGGUUUUAGGCAAGCAGCGCUGUGGCCGGCUCUGUGGUGCGGUCAGCAGCUGCCUCUCUGGGUGCAAUUAAGAUUUUGGGGGGAAACUUGGCACUUUGCCCCUCAUGGAAACCACUGCAGAGGCAGUUUUUAAUUGCUGGGGGUUUUAAUACACUCUUUCUACCUGGAGGCACCCGCCAGCAUGGCUGGGAGGUUCAGAGGCUCAGCCUCCCCUUGCCCAUGGUGGUCUUGGGAGUUCCUGGUGAAAACUGAUGACUGCUCCAGUAACCAGGUUCGAUUUGGGUAGAAAAUAAAGGUGGGA